CAACGCCAUUAUCAAAAGCUGCAAUUGAAGGCCCGGUAUCGAGUGCCUAGGUUCAGGCAAAGAUGAAGUUAGUUGGCGAGCUUUUCAGAUCUCUUCAGAGGCAACGGACGACAAACUUCCUCCGCAGCCGGGUGUCGAAACCUUUUGCGUAUACACCUACCGUCCGGCCAUGCCGCACCAUCACAAGCUCCCCGCGGCGAAGCGUGAAGCAAGCCGCCGACGAUCCCAGCUUCUCCUCGAUCGUUGACAACCCCCCCGAACUCGUCCGCUCCGGCCGCCGCCACGGUCCCGGUCUCAUCAUCCUCGCCAUCAUCCCCCUGACGGCCUUCGUCCUCGGCAGCUGGCAAGUCCAGCGCCUAAAGUGGAAGACCGACCUGAUCGCCAAGUGCGAGGACCGACUAUCCCGACCGCCCCUGCCGCUGCCCCCGCAGAUCGACCCGUCCGCCGUCGCCGACUUCGACUACCGCCGCGUCCUCGCGACCGGCCGCUUCCGGUACGACCGGGAGAUGCUGAUCGGGCCGCGCAUGCGCGACGGCGAGGCCGGGUACAUGGUGGUGACGCCGCUGGAGCGCGACGACGGCGGGAGCACCGUGCUGGUCAACCGCGGGUGGAUCGCCAAGGACAAGGGGGACCAGCAGGCUCGGCCCGACAGCCUGCCGACGGGCGAGGUGAGGGUCGAGGGCCUGCUGAGGGAGCCGUGGAAGAAGAACAUGUUCACGCCCGACAACAGGCCCGACAAGGGCGAGUUCUACUUCCCGGAUGUGGAGCAGAUGGCGAGCCUGACGGGCAGCCAGCCUGUGUGGAUCGAGCAGACGAUGCACCCCAGUAUAUUACAGGUCUACGACUAUGUGGAUCGCGGUAUCCCGAUCGGGAGGCCAGCAGAAGUAAACCUGCGCAAUAACCAUGCGCAGUAUAUCUUCACCUGGUACGGUCUUGCUGUAGCAACAUCGAUAAUGUUCUACAUGGUGGCGAAGAAGCCGCCGACCGACGUGGCUCGGCGCGUUCGGAUGAACAAGACCUGGUAGUCUUGGUACACAGGCUGGGAACCUCGGAUAUCAACUCUCCUCGAAUCCACAUUACGCCUCAGCCCUGAUCCGCCUCUGAAGGUUUAGUCUUGCGUCCCUUCUUCAGGGGCGCUGGCGGAGGCAUGCGAAGCUGUUGUAGCAGUUCCCGGGGUAGGUGCCGUUGCGCUAGGGAAAACGGCGUUGUGGAAGAGCCGAUCUGGCGCUGUCUGGUGAAGGAGGGUGUCAGACAUGUAUUAAGUCGGAUCGAAAAGAUACCCAUAUAUGUAACAUACCUUCUCAUCAACGUGAGCAUGUCGCUCUCGUCGAUCGUCUUCCUCCCCGCAUGUUUUGCGUAAGC